GUAAUAACCCACACACAAACACGUUAUUUUGCUUAUUACCGUUUUCAGUGUUUACCACUUACCAUGUCCACCGUGUGAUGUUGAACAUUGGGCAUAUCAUAACGGCGCUGACGGCCGCAUUCUUCGUCGUUGCAAGCUAUGUGAUCAUAUUGCACACGUUUUUGCCGCUCUCUGGUGUUUAUGUCCUUGACGUCCUCGCGCAAGACACCCAUUACAAGUACUUUACCCUAUUCAUCAUUCCCAUGGGCGCGUACUUUGCGAUUGCAAACUGGGUAGGCUGGCAGUACUACCAGAAUUCUUGAUUUGUGUCCAGGAAUGAGGGAACACAACGAGGGUAUUGCAAAGUCUAGCCAAUGACGAUGUACUACAUGUGCAUAAAAUGGGUAUUCAAACGUGGGGCAUAUCGAAAAAAU